AUUCUUUUGCUGAGCUCUGUCCUGCUUCGGAUCUCUCUGGCUUUCAAUCCCCAUUUCAUUUGCUCUUUGUAAGGCUAUAGUGAACAAAGUGUGCGGAGGUUCGGCAUAAGCAGCCGCCUAGAACACAGAUCCGGGAUGGCAAUUUCCAGUUCCCCCGCUGGAAGGUGUGGCAUAUUGGAUUCAAAGCACUGGCGUGGCAGAUUUUCAACUUGCAACCUGGCUAAUUUCCUGCUUCUUCUGGCACCAAAAGGAGGGCGAUUCGUCUCCUGUGCAGCCAAAGCGACAGCUGUCAAAGUCGCAGGGGCUCCUGCGAGCCAGAACCUAAAAGGCUACGUGUGCCUCCUGGCCAUUCACAUUGUCACUUUUAGGUACAGAAGUAUCCAAACCACAAGUUCUCAAUACUGUGUGAAAAAAUGGCUCCCUGCAAGUCGAGCGGUUCUGAAAGGCAUUCUCUUGGAAAAGUCUGUGAAGACGCAAAGGAUUUUCCUGGAAAAAAAAGUAAUAAUAAAGUGGUCAUGUGUAAAGACACCGCAGCUCGGCUGCCUGCUAAAAACAUGCACACUCUCUCGGUGGAGAUAGAGCGGCGGACUGCAAAAUGCCCCACGGCCGAUUUUCGUCGUUUAAGAGCGCCCGGCACCCCGAAAAGCCCCGCUCCGGGCGGCGGCAGCGCUCCGGCCCCGGCCUCGGCGGCGGGACGAGGUCUGCCCGGAGCGGCCAUUGGAGGAGCAGCGCCACGUGACAGAGGGGUGCCAAUGUUAUUCUCCAAGGGUGUCAAGACCCUGUCAGUUUGCGAAAUAAAUAUUGGGAAACAACGAAAUGCAAAAAGCGACCUACUACGACAGCUCUGCAAUCUAUGGUGCCUACCCCUACCAAGGAGCAAAUGGUUUCACUUAUAAUGCGAGUCAGCAGCAAUAUCCUCCAUCUUCGUCACUUGUGGAAACUGAGUACCACCGCCCCGCGUGCUCCCUCCAGUCCCCUGGCAGCGCCGUGUCCCACCACAAGGCCAAUGACAUCAGUGAGAGUUGCAUGAGGACUCUCCCCAGCCAGCCUCUGCAGCCCCCUGGCCUCACCGACCCGCAGGCCCCGCCGCAGCCACCUCCAGCCCCGCAGGCACAGCCUCCACCUCCAUCCUCGGCCUCACCAUCUCAAAAUGCCAGCAGCAACCCUGCCCCGGCCAACUCCACUAAGAGCCCGGCUCUUAACUCGCCUACCGUGUCCAAACAGAUAUUCCCGUGGAUGAAAGAGUCUCGGCAAAACACAAAGCAGAAAAACAGCAGUUCCAGUUCAGGUGAGAGCUGUGCUGGUGAUAAGAGCCCCCCAGGGCAAGCAUCCUCUAAGCGAGCCCGUACGGCUUACACAAGUGCCCAGCUGGUAGAACUGGAAAAGGAGUUCCACUUCAAUAGAUACCUUUGCAGGCCACGAAGGGUUGAGAUGGCCAAUUUGCUCAAUCUCACAGAAAGACAGAUCAAAAUCUGGUUUCAGAACCGCAGAAUGAAAUACAAAAAGGAUCAAAAGGGCAAGGGCAUGAUGACCUCUUCAGGAGGACAGUCCCCGAGCAGAAGCCCCGUCCCUCCAGCUGCUGGGGGAUACCUAAACUCUAUGCAUUCUUUAGUAAACAGUGUCCCCUACGAGCCCCAGUCGCCUCCGCCAUUUAAUAAGCCUCAUCAAAACACCUAUGGCAUCCCCGCAUCGUAUACCGCUCCUCUUAAUAAUUGCCCACCUCCUCAAAAGAGAUACACGGGGACAGCAGCUGUGACACCUGAAUACGAUACUCAUCCUCUUCAAGGCAACGGUUAUGGGAAUCCACAUAUACAGGGAAGCCCCGUCUACGUAGGGGGCAACUACGUGGAGACCAUGACCAAUUCCGGGCCUUCCAUCUUUGGUCUAACUCAUCUCUCUCAUCCUCCCUCUGCCAACAUGGACUACAGCGGGGCUGGGCCGAUGGGCAACAAUCACCACCACGGACCUUGCGACCCGCACCCGACAUACACAGACCUUACAGCUCACCAUCCUUCUCAGGGAAGAAUUCAGGAAGCGCCCAAACUCACCCAUCUGUAGGAGCCAGGAGUCACUAGGCGGAACGCAAAGCCCCAACCUUUUAAAGUACUCGUCCCUUCCUCUCUCUCUCCCCUCCCCCGCCAUGCGCCCUCCUCCCCUCUCUUUCUUCUUUCUUUUGCUCAUUUUAGUUCGUUUCGUUUCCUUUGGUAAAAGCGUUUUCUAGUUUAUGUGACGUAGCAAUAUUUGUUGCUUGAAUUGCUCUAUAGUUUCACUAGUGGAUAUUUAUCUUCUUGAACUGCAGCCUCGUGUCUCACUUUGGGAGCAUACGGAGGCUUUAUACUUUACCUUCUACACUUUUAUCAAAACAGGGUAUAUGAACAAAUUUUCUAUAAAAGGAAUUCUUAAAUGUGAAUUUGUUCGUACAUGAUUGAUCCCGCGGGGAAGCAAUUUUUUUAUUGCACUUCUUUUAAAUAGCGAGAAAGACAUCAGAAGCGCUUGGACAGGGAUUCCCUGGACAGUUAUUGAUACGUGUAAGUCUUUCAAUGUGUGUAUGCUGGUGAACAUUCAGAUUUAUUUAUAUUAUUUUUUUUUUUUUGCAAACAUUGAAUAAUCUAAGUGUUUAAAAUUUUAUUUAUCCCCAUUUGUUCAUAUUUAUAUAUAUAUAAAAAAAACCUGUACCCUGAAUAUUCAGGAGGUAUUUACCUGGCCAUGUGUUAGAUGGCAUAUCGGCACGCGUAGGAAAUAUCAUUUGAAAGGGAACCAUAACUCCUAUAUUAAAAUGAUGAGAACUGUGAUGAAGACGACGCAAUAAAAUCUGGGAAAAGAAAAAAGAUCACAGCUUGAAUAAUUGAUGCCCGUAACAUCCAGAUAGGGGGAAAGAAGGCGUGUGAAGCUGAAAGGCUUAGAUUUGUGUUGAAAGUUAUACAUUCCUUGCUGCUCACGUUCUGAAAACAAAAAAAAAUAAUAAAGUUUUUAUUCUGAAUAAUAAA